AUGUUUUUUUCGAGAUUAUUAACGUUUAAAAUGGCUUAUGGUUAUGAUGCUCUACGUUUUGCAGAGUUCGGUGCUUUGCCAAAACAGUGUACGACUGCCAAAGAUAUAAAAAAUCAUUCCUUUAUACCCGACGAAGAAGAAAUCUUGCUAUUACCUGCCAGAAAAUUACGAGUCGAAUCUUGUCUCGACUCUGGCAAUGGACUUCAUAUUGUACAACUUGAAGAAAUUAAAUCUGAUUAUGAUCAUUUGGAGUCAGUUCCAGUACCUGAUCCUGUCAUCAAACCGAACAAUAGUUCCCAGGCAAAAUCUUCAUCAGCAUCACGUACAAUUUCAACAGUACCGAAGUCUAAUCCAGGAGCUGUGGCAACUAAUUUAGCAGCAACCAAACUUCACAAGAAAACAAAGUUAUCAGGUCAGUCUUUAUUUUGA